UAAACGCAGGAGAAGAAGAACCCGCACCGUGCUGUCAGACACACGGAAGCCGGGAACAGAGAGCAACCAUGGUUCUGAAGGAGGUUCCAACUGAGAACAUCACCCGUCCUCUGGGUAGGAAUGAGGUCAUUGGCCUGCUUUUCAGACUCACCAUUUUUGGAGCUGUAACCUACUUCACCAUCAAGUGGAUGGUGGAUGCCAUUGAUCCGACCCGGAAGCAGAAGGUGGAGGCCCAGAAGCAGGCUGAGAAGUUGAUGCGUCAGAUAGGAGUGAAGAACGUCAAGCUGUCAGAGUAUGAGAUGAGUAUCGCAGCUCACCUGGUGGACCCGCUGAGCAUGCAGAUCACCUGGAGGGACAUCGCUGGUCUGGAUGAGGUCAUCACUGAGCUGAAGGAGACCGUGAUUCUGCCUGUUCAGAAAAGACACCUGUUCCUGAACUCCAAACUUCUGCAGCCUCCUAAAGGUGUGUUGCUCUACGGCCCCCCCGGCUGCGGUAAGACGCUGAUCGCCAAGGCAACAGCAAAGGAGGCGGGGUUUCGCUUCAUCAACCUGCAGCCGAGCACGCUGACGGACAAAUGGUACGGAGAGUCCCAGAAACUGGCUGCUGCUGUUUUCUCAUUGGCCGUCAAGCUGCAGCCGUCCAUCAUCUUCAUCGAUGAGAUCGACUCCUUCCUGAGGAGUCGCUCCAGCUCAGACCACGAGGCCACGGCCAUGAUGAAGGCCCAGUUCAUGAGUCUAUGGGACGGACUGGACACAGACCACCACUGCCAGGUGAUCAUCAUGGGUGCCACCAACCGCCCACAGGACCUGGACUCGGCCAUCCUGCGGCGGAUGCCCACCAGGUUUCACAUCAACCAGCCUAGCGAGAGGCAGCGAGAGGACAUCCUCCAUCUGAUUCUGACGAACGAGAAGGUGGAUUCCUCCGUUAACCUAAAAGCCGUCGCCAAGGAGACGGACGGUUUUUCAGGAAGCGACCUCAGAGAAAUGUGUCGCGAUGCGGCGUUGCUGUGCGUCAGAGACUACGUCCACAACCGGAGCGGCAGCUCAGAGGACGACGACCCCAUCCGUCCCAUCAGUCAGUCUGACCUGCAGACGUCAAUCACCAAACUGAAGCACUCCAAGGCGGCGAGCGUUCACGGUGUCCUGCUGCACGCUGCUCUAGACUAAACAAACGGGUCACAUGACCCUGCUGCGCCUCAUCGAGCAUGUGCCACUUACUUCCUUCCAUUUGACUUUUCUUCUUUUUUUUAAUUCCAACUUCAAUGGGGAACCUGAUGUUCCUGAUGGGAUGGAUUUAACUGUUACACCUGCUCCACAGGAUGUUCCGCCUCCAUCAGGGUUCCUACUGAUCUGGAAAAACAGUCAGUCCCCCUCAGACUGACUUUAAGCAAACACUGAUUGGUAUUCAGAUAAAAAGCAUAGAUCUAAUUAAAGAAACGGACGGUAAAUCUGGUCAGGUUUGUCUGGAGCAGCAGGGCGGAGCUUCUUCCUCUGUGAUGUCAAACAUCAGGUGGUCAGUUUCUGCUUUCAUCCUUUAUUCUAUUUGCUUUUUAGGAGUUUUUACAAUUUUCUGAGGGAUUUUUCUGUAUUAUGACUAUUAUUUAUAUCGAACUGAUGAAGAAUGUUAUUGUUCUGCUCAGUUCUGAUUGUUUGAAAACAGUCAGAAAUAUCUUUUUUUUUUCUUGAUUUGAUAUCAUUGUGAUAUUUAGGUUGUUUUAUCUGUCAGAGCCCAGAGGUUUCAUACCUGCUUUUAGGUUCUUCUCUAUAACCCGGCCUUAGUCUUAGAAAUGGGGCCGUUUGCUGGAUGUCUGCAGCAAAAGGUUCCUCUGAGGGCCGCUGGUUUGAUCAGGCUCUAUGAUCUAAAGUCACAAGGUUUACGAUGAGAAAACGAUGGCUACUUGAUGGUUCAUUAGAUGGCAACAAACUGGUUUAAUCACUGGAGAGGGCGUCUCAAUAGCUAACCUUCAUUAAUCAAUAAAACAGCUUCCUGUCUGAUGAUCCACAGACAAUCGGGUCUUCUCAUUGGCUGUAAGGCGAUGAUUUCAAACAGGAUAUGUGCACUAAUGGGUCAGCUAGAAGGUGUCCUCUGAUCAACAUGAUCCUAAUGAAGCUGCAAUGAUCCUAAAUGAUGAAUAAAUGCAGAGAAUGAGUCCAGCGUCACAUCUUUAGGGCGGAGUUUGGAAUAAACCCAUUGCUUCCGGUGGUCCUUACUUUUCCUUUUCCUCCCACUGGGAAGGAAUAAACAUGUUCAUCUGAUAGAUGAGCUCCUGGUGAUUUGUUUCCAACUCAGAAACCUUUUAAAACGAGCUUCUCUGCUUUUAUUUUGAAAGGGUGGAUGUUAGAUCUGGAUCAGACAAGGACUUCAGCAUAAAGCUUUAUUCUUGUGCAUCUCCAUAAUUAAAAGUUAUUUUUAGAUUCCCAGUGGCCCUAAAGUCCUUUUGUAAAGUUUAGGGUCUUAUAGUUUGGAUCGGCUGAGUUUCAGUGUGAGUUUUAAUAAUUGAUCAAAUGAAGAAUCUGGACGACUUCUGUUCACUGGAGACGUUUGACCUUCAAUCCAAAAGCCUUCUGCUUCUGACACCGUCAUGAUCUGCUGAGCAGCUUUAUGAAGAAACAACCUACUUAUCAGCUGCCAGAGAUGUCAAGCAACAAAGUACAAAUACUUCAAAUACAUAUUUUUUUCUUCUACUCCUUUUUAUUUUAAAUACUCAAAAGCUUGUUAGUUUAAUUUCAUUUAAGCUCAUUUUCAUUAUGGCCUGUUGGUAUAAAAAAAAAAAAAAAGUUAACCAUGUAAAUAAUUAGUUUCAUCGAGAUAAUUUCUUUGUGGUUGGACUCGGUGCUGCCCCAACUUGUUGUUCACCACAUACCAAAAUGAACAGUAUGAGACGAUGCAAAGUUAAAUCUGAUACCGUUACUAUUAGUUAUAGAAAUUAAGUAUAAGGAAGUUAUCAUCCAGAAUUUUAGAAAAAAAUUCAUUUAAGGUAAUGCAGUAAAACUUUUCCCUGCAUUACUUUAAUACUUAAGUAUUAAGUAAAAAUGGUACUUUUACUCGACUAAAAAGCUUAAAGGUAUAGAGGACGAUCUUAUAUUUCCGGGUGGAUCAUUCAAUCAUUUUGUUGAUAUGUUUACGUAAGGCUGCACUAAAUGCUCAUCCCCAUUUUCACUAACCUGUGGAGAGUCGACAUAGUGGAAAAAAGGCAAAUCUUUUGGAAAGUAAGCCUGUAGUAAUGAUGCAAACAGCAACUUUUAAACAGAGCAUGCACGGGGAGCAAUGUAAU